AUGGGCCCCCGUACCGACUCCUCAUGCUGCUGCCAGGCCCGUAAUCUGUCAUGGGCCCCUGUACCGCCUCCUCAUGCUGCUGCCAGGCCCGUAAUCUGCCAUGGGCCCCCGUACCGACUCCUCAUGCUGCUGCCCAGGCCCGUAAUCUGUCAUGGCCCCUGUACCCCGCCUCCUCAUGCUGCUGCCAGGUCCAGAGUGUGUCAUGGGUCCCCUGUACGGCCCUCCCAUUGCUGCUGUCCUCCAUCGCCACACUCUGCCAUGUGCCACUUUCAGGUCUCCUCACACUGCUGGUGGUUCCAUUUUGUCAUAGGGUGCUGCAGAUUACGGGCCUCUCCCAUUGCUGCUGCCAGGCCCGUAAUCUGCCAUGGGCCCCCGUACCGACUCCUCAUGCUGCUCGCCAAA